UCUGCAGAAAUAUAGCUGAUAAAGACUUUGAUAUUAGAAUAUGACUCCAUAACAUGUUUAAAUAUUCUCAUUUCGUCGUCUUCAUAUUCAUAAAUAAAUUUGACUAUUUUAUGUGAGUAAAAUUAAUUCGACUAUAAUACAAUGAAGCAAAAUGUGUUGGACGAACAUAAAAAGAAAUUUCAUAUGCGCAAUGGUAAUUGCUCAAUUGAGCUUCAUAAUUAAUAGAUUUUCAUUUUAUGAAUGUGAAACUUAUCAACAUUCUGAUCUUUGGGUUCUGAAUUUGGAAGAGGUGUCACAUAAAUGGACUGAUCGCGUGUCCACAUUUUCCAUGUGUCAAUUGAGCAAAAACUGUCAAUUUUUGCAACAGCAAUAAAUAAAGAAAAACUAAGGUAUGUUUUUUUUUUUUUUGGCAUGUCGACACGUUAGUGUUCUUGAUAACCCCGUCGUGACGACACAGCCAACUGACAGAGAGUAAUGGCGUUUUCUCUUUUUUGUAAUCAACAACUUUUGUUACGAUCAAAUUCAGUGAUGGUCUAGUGUACCAUUAAACCAAAAAGAUGAGACUUUUUAGAUAAUAUUAAAGAAAUGGAAAUUUUUGUAGUGGUGGAACCAACAAAUGAAAGUGAGUUGGCUUUGCAUUCACUCUCUCAUGGCUGGCGGUCGGAAAAAAUUAGGACUCAACAAACCAUGUAUGCUCCUCAUAGUGAUUGCUGGUAUGGAGAGGUUUGCAUUCAAAGGGGUGGCAUCAAAUUUGGUGACAUACCUGACAGAUGUUGUGAAGAUGAGCAAUUCAUCGGCGGCCAAGACGGUGAACAGUUGGUGUGGAUUUACAUCCAUGAUGCCGCUCCUUGUGGCACCCCUUGCUGACUCCUAUUGGGAUCGCUAUACCACCAUUUUAGCCUCUUCUUUACUCUACUUUGUGGGGCUUCUAGCAUUGACAUCAACAACAAUGGUGUGGCCUUGGAUUCCUACAAACAAAACAAGCUCCACUUCAUCCCCAUUUUGGUCUCUCUACGUAAUUUCACUCGGCCAAGGUGGAUAUAACCCGUCCUUGCAAGCCUUGGGAGCAGAUCAACUUGAAGAUGAAGAGGAAUUGCCGUGCAGCAAAAAUGACCAGAGUUCUAACAAGAAGAGUUUGUUCUUCCAAUGGUGGUACUUUGGUAUUUGUAGUGGCAGCCUUUUGGGCGUGUCACUCAUGUCCUAUAUCCAAGACACAUUAGGAUGGGGAUUAGGAUUCGCUAUCCCAACAAUGGCAAUGGCUAUAUCAAUUGCAUUUUUCUCUCUGGGGAGCCGAUAUUAUACAUACAAUCAGGACAAGAGCAUUGAUAUGAAAUCAUUCGACAACAUAGUUCAAUUCAUCAAAGCAACCGCGUCAAAGAUACUGAAUGGUGGAAUCACCAUAUCAGAUAACAAAUCUAAUGUGGUCGAGCUAGAGCUGCAAGAGAAACCACUUUGUCAUCAAGGUCUCAACGGCGUUGAUUGCUUAGAUGAGACCACAAAUGAAGGCAUUCAUCUGCUUGAAAUCGCAAAGGUUAUAUUGCGUCUCUUGCCUAUAUGGACAACACUUCUAUUGUUUGCAGUGAUCUUCCAACAGCCGGCCACAUUUUUUACCAAACAAGGCGUGACAAUGAAGCGGAACAUUGGAAGUAAUUUCAGGAUCCCACCAGCAAUGCUACAGAGUGCAAUCACAGUGUCUAUAAUUAUCUUGAUGCCUUUAUAUGAGGUAUUCUUUAUCCCCCUUGCUCGAGUGAUCACGCGCAAUGAGAAAGGUAUUAAUGUGAUGCAGAGGAUGGGAAUUGGAAUGUUUUUGUCAAUCAUAGCUAUGGCGAUUGCAGCAAUAGUUGAAACAAAGAGGCUUGAGAUUAGCAGAAAUAUGAGAAAUUCGGAACAACAAUCAGAAACAGUGCCACUGAGCAUCUUUUGGCUGCUACCGCAAUACAUACUGUUGGGAAUUUCGGACAUUUUCACUGUAGUUGGGAUGCAAGAGUUCUUCUACAAUGAAGUCCCUAUAAAAAUGAGAACUAUGGGCAUAGCUCUAUACACCAGUGUUUUCGGGGUAGGAAGUUUCUUGAGUGCCUUACUGAUCUCUGUCAUCGAAAAUUUUACGAGUUCAAGAGGAGCACAACACAACUGGUUCUCUGAUGACAUGAGAGAAGCCCGGCUUGACAAAUACUACUGGCUUCUGGCCUUGUCGAGUACGUUUAGCUUGCUAAUGUUUGCAAUUUUGUGUAGAUUUUACAAAAGCAGGACUUGAUUUUGGCUAAUGUUAGUUGUAAAUAAGUUCUUUGCAUCGAGUUUUGGUGUAGGUUUGUCGAUUAAUUUUUCUUUUAAUGUGAUAUAAAAAAUAUGGAAAGCAGCA